GGCCCGGCCGUCAAGGUACUACGAUUCAGCGUCAAUUCCUCUUUUACACCGGUCAAAAUGCCUCAGGACAUGCCCCCCGCAGGGGGCUACCACCAGGUGCAAUACAAGCGCAACAUCCCCGUCCGCGGCUUCAGACCCAUCGUCUACGUCGCCGGCAUGGUCGGCUGCGUAGCCUACGGUCUCUACAAGCAAUACUACGCCGCGCGCGAGCAGUAUGAAAUCGGCCGCGAAAAGAUGUGGGCUCGCCUGCACAUCCUCCCCCUCCUCCAGGCGGAAGAAGAUCGGGAUCAGGUCCGUCGGUACUACGCCGACAAGGCCCGUGAGCAGUCGCUCCUGGGAGCGGAAAUCAAGGUCUAUAACUCUGAUCGCUUCGUCCGCCCUACUUUCGCCUAUACCCCUGCCAAGGUUACUGAAUAAAUCUUCUCCAAUUGAAUUGAAAGUUUGAAAGUUUUCCGUAAAUCGAUAUAGCUUUUUGCUUUUCUGUGAUCUUCGCGCUUAGUUUCUCUGCUCUUGUAUUGUGCGUGUGUACUUUUAUCUCGUUAAAUGUUUGCCAUUUUCUUCAAGCUUUUACCUCAAGAAGGAAGUUCUCAUUCAUUUCAUCGAGUUCAUUGGUGGUGGUAUUCGAAAUAAUAUGACCCGAGUCUCGGUCAAUUAUCGUAUGGUGUGCAAUCGCCUUCUGGCUGGGAUGACCGGGGGGAACGCGUGAGUUGCGGCAUCCUUCACCGGGAUAUGAGAAUCAACUCAGCACCGAGCUGCCAUGGGAUUGUAUAUUGAGGCGAUAGUCUAUGGGCAGUAAUACUACAUGAUUUCAGGGUCAUUCGUCUGUGUAAGUCAUGCCUCGAUCUUUGAUCAAAUUUUCCCUUUAAAUUUUUAGGGAACAUCGAUG